GACCCCACUGCACACACCAAUGGGACCCCACUGCACACACCAAUGGGACCCCACUGCACACACCAAGUCUGCAUGUCUGGGGGGCUGAAGUCUCUACCUGCUGCCAAUGGACCAGGACAGAGGAGAAGUCCAUGGUGUUCAGGAUCCUGGGGCUCUACAGGAGGCUCUUGCGGUGGUCACCGAGGACCACACGAUGUUCACCAUGAUGAAGACAGAGAUACCUGAUGACUAUUCUUCCAGCAUUAAGGACCGUACAAACCUACCAGAGCCGGCGUGGAUGACUACCGGUAACCGCCAGCAGAACAUCAAACAGGAGGCGGAGGAGCAAACCAGGACCAGACUCCCCCCAGGCGGGGUACCCGUAUUAGAUGUAAAUAAAUCAGAAGAAGAAAGUGAGACCCCACAUGUAAACUACCAGACCACCUAUCCCGACACCACGAGCACCGGGACCGAGUCACCGAACCACAUCAACGGCAACGAGGAAAAGAGGGUAAUCGUACCCGCAGACCCCUUGGCGUGGACGCAGGACCAUGUGGCGCAGUGGCUGGACUGGGCGGUGAAGGAAUAUGGACUGAUGGAUGUGAAUACGUCAUUGAUGCAGGGAGUGGAUGGGAAGGAGUUGUGCAGGAUGAGUCGGGAGGAUUUCCUACGUAUGGCGUCAUCUUACAGUUCUGAGAUGCUGAUGUCACAUCUCGCAUAUCUCCGCCAAAACAGCCCAACAUUCACGUAUUCCGUGGUCUCCGCUCCUCCUGUGACCCCGAGGAACCCAGUGAAGACAGAGCCUCUAUAUGACGACACGCGGAGAGCGAGCUGGGGCUCCAUCAACAACUCCAUCCACAGAGGUUCUCCGCCCCAGACACCAUCCAUCACUAUACGUAACACGCCAGAUCCGUAUCAGGUGUUGGGGCCGACGAGCAGCCGCCUGUCUAAUCCAGGCAGCGGUCAGAUCCAGCUUUGGCAGUUCCUCCUUGAGCUCCUCUCGGACAGUGGGAACGCCGGCUGCAUCGCCUGGGAGGGCGUGAACGGAGAAUUCAAGAUGACGGACCCGGAUGAGGUGGCGCGGCGCUGGGGCGAGCGCAAGAGCAAACCCAACAUGAACUACGACAAGCUGAGCCGCGCGCUGCGCUACUACUACGACAAGAACAUCAUGAGCAAAGUGCACGGCAAGAGAUACGCCUACAGGUUCGACUUCCAGGGCAUCCAGGUGGUCCAGCAAUCCCACAACAACGACCCCUCCGGCUGCAAAUACCAGGACGGGAACUACUAUACCCAGCAAGCCAAGUCCACCAUGCCACUACCCCCCCACCACAACCAGUCGCCCGCCAUCAUCCCUGUGCAGUACUUCAGCUCGCCCCCUGGUGGUGGACUGUACCCUGCGCAGACGAGGCAACAUGGCGGCCAAGUGGGGUCACACAUGUCUUACUACUGAGUCACAGCAGGACAGUCGUGACAAUGGAGAAGGAAAGGCAAACUCCAGAUCUAACCUCCUCCCUAUACACAGGUGGUGGCCGCCAUUACAGCCCCUGCAGGCGUCACCCGGGACCCCCACAUUCCUGAUAAAUGGAGGCAAAGAAUAAAUAACUGCAGAUCGAGGGAAGACAAGUGCCCCAUCCCCCUACAGGAGCCACCAUGUUGGCUGUCACCCAGCUUUCCCAGGUGUAGAAAGGAAAUGACUCACAGACUGAUAUAUACGGGGGGUUCCAUUUUUCGGGGGGAGAUGCUCUUAGUAUGGAGGGUCUCAUGGUUAAGGACUUUCAUGGGGCUGCGGUCUGGAUAUUGGGGUCUCCCCCCCUCUGUGAAUCUUGUUUUUUUAUUGUCAUUUAUGUUAUUUGUAUUUUACCAUUAAAUGCAUUAGGCCUUAACGCACUGAUCUGAGGGGACGACACUGAGGGUGGGG